AUGCAGAGCACGGACGAGCCAGACCUCCUCAGGCCGAUGGACGAGGAGGAGAGGGAACACCUGCAAAACAAACUGAACGAGCAGAGACUCAAGCUGGAGGAAAACAAAAAAUACCUGGAGCAGUUACGCAACGAGAGCGAAAAUGGGUUUUUUACCUCCACAAAUGGAAGGCACAGCCAGGGGGGGGACUACCCCGACCCGGACACUAUACUGAAAAGCUUCCUCGAAUCGAUGGAGAAGGAGGAACUAAGCAUGGACGCGCUGCAGGAGCAGGUGGACGGAGGCAACGAACAAACGUCCCACACGGAGAACAACCAGAGCCACCACCUAGUCAGUAACAACAUCCCCCAGGAGAACUUCUACGCCAACGCCAACCCGCUGGAGGAAUACGCAGAACAGAACAAUUUUCUCUUCCUAAAAAAAUCUUCAGCAAAAAAUUUCAACUUUAAAAUUGGAAGAAAAGCGCCAACUGAAGAGAAGGCCAUACACAUUGAAAAAAAAAUUGUGAGCCAAUUUGACAAGUCCAUUCAGGUGAACGUCCUAACGGAUGAGGCCACUUCGCCGCGUCACCACUCACGAAAUGGAAAGAAGCGGAAGGACAAAUUCGCUUCCCUCCUCUCGAAUGGGCAGCCUGAUGGGGACGGAGAAUUCAAAUCGGGGAAAUUUUAUAAGACCAAGUUGGGUAAGAAGGACGCCGUUUUGAAAAAGGGUGUAGCACUGGGGGGGACCUCCCCCGAUGGCGCAGUAGAAGCAGAGGCGGGUGAACCCCUAAAUGGGAAAGACCCGAACCAAGCUGACCUCGUCCUUCGCAGCAGAGGAUUUCUGUCCUUCUUAGAACGCAGCUCUAAAAUCGUGGAGAGGUCCCUAGGAGAGCAAGACGUCCUCAACGCCACCUUCGACUUUGCAGCCAAGGACAUAACAGGAGACUCGGAGAGUACUGAAAGGAUGAAGCUUGUGAAUACCUAUUUCUGUAAAAAGUACACAAAUGGAAGGCCCAUAACAGAUGUGAGGACGUCCAACCUUUAUAGUGAACUGUUUCUAGCUUCCUACGGCUUGUCUACAACAAGCAACUACACCGACCCUGAUGGUUAUGUCCUAGUCUGGAACAGCACAAUGAAUGGUCGACCCGAGUACAUAUUCACGUCAGAGGCAGCCGUAUGCACCUCCGUCUUUAACAAGUUCAAUCCACACCUAAUCAUAGGAGGGACAUACACAGGGAACGUCGUUUUGUGGGAUAUACGAGCUAGCCAAAAACCAGUACAAAAAACUUACCUGACUGCGCAAGGUCAUUUGCAUCCCAUAUAUUGUGCAGAAGUUAUUGGGACGCUGAAUGCACACAACUUAGUGACCGCGGACACGGAUGGGAGGCUAUGCAACUGGUCAUUAAACAUGUUGACCUACCCAUCUGAUACGAUUGACUUGAAGAGAACUAACAAGGAAGUAUCUUGCUGCUGCUUCUCUUUCCAAGAAGGAGAAAUAAACACCCUCUACGGAGGAGCCGAUGAUGGUACCUUAUUUCAAGCACAAAUACAUGGUACCAAGGUAGGCAUCACUGAGUUUUAUAACAUCCACCAUGGCCCAUUAACAGCUGCACAGUUCCAUCCACUCAUUGAUGAGGUCCCUGAUGACCACAACGAUCUUAUACUAACCUGUUCUGUUGACUGGUCUUGCAAGCUGCUAAGUAUAAAGGAACCCCAGAACGCUCUCUACACAUUUGACUGCUUCGAUGAUUACCUUAUGGAUGUGAAGUGGAACCCUGUGCACCCAGCGAUUUUCGCCACGUGCAGUAGUAAUGGAAACAUAAAAGUGUGGAACAUGUGUUUCGAGCUGGACUGUUCCUAUUUCGAUAUGACUGUUCAGGCAAAAACGACAAAUAAAAUUGCUUGGUCAUGUGACGGAAGGAAGCUGCUUGCGGGCGACUCGGAUGGGACCUUGACUCUUUGGAACGCCUCCAGCGAGAUUUACCAGCCCAGGUCCGAGGACAUCGCCAAGUACAGUGCACGGGUUGAGAAGAUGCGGGUUGAUAGAAGCGCUGCGUGA